AUGACACCGAUCUCAGAUAGUGGUGGACCUUUCAACGCAGCUUCCGCACCUAUGGAGACUGCUCAUUCAUCGACUGAGAAUUCAGCAGAGUCUUUGUUAACUGCUAAUGACCAGUCAUCUCCAAUAUGCAACGUUUCGCCGGUAGAUGUGGUAGUGGCUAUUUUCGAUUACAAUAGAAAGGGGAAAAAUGAAUUGAACUUACAACAGGGUGAUACCAUUUACGUUAUUGGUAAGAAUGAGUCUGGUUGGUGGGACGGGCUGUCUAUUGAGGCCAAUGGCAAAGUUCACAGGGGCUGGUUCCCUCAAAACUACUGUAGAAGUUCGCACAGUCAAAUACCCUUCAAGACCAAACGAAGAGCAUCUCAGCUCCGGGCAAGUCUCUCUUCACAAACUUCAAGACGCGGUAGCUUGCAGUACCAGCAACCAUCCUCACAAAUGGCAGCUCAGCAUAGGAAGAUGAGUUUGACAGCGACGAGUCCUACAAGACAUAGCUUCCCAACGCAUCUGCAUAGUCAAGAACAAGCUUUGCAGCAACAUCAGCACCAUCGUUCACAUUCUCAUUCCCAGUCGCCUACGGCGCCAUCUUUCGGAUCUAUCUCCUCAGGAGGCACUGACACACAUACUUAUACAAGAGCUAGUUUGGGAAGUGCGAACUCCCGAGAUAUAUCACAAUCAGCCAGGAAUCAUGCAGAAAGUCGAUCUGCGGCCAGUUCCGGGCACUCAUCGGGUGUUGCAUCGAGAAUGGGCUCAAGAUCUAUGUCUAGUGUCAAAGUCGGUAAGAAUAAAGUUAAUUCUCAACAACGACAAAACCCAAUUAAUAAGAGCGAGGGUCAAAAACUGAACAUUUUAUCUAUGGAAGAGAUUGAGAUGAUCUUCAGCAGCAUUCACACAGAUGAUCCCCCUGUUUGGUCGAUAAUCCCAACGACUAAUAUGGAUAAAGUCCUUUACUACAACAAACAUUUUGAUAUUUAUUGCCAACAGCUGCCCCUAAUGUCUACCCCCCUUUUGGAUAAAAAUAGCAGUUUGACAUCAGAUGAUCAAGAGGUAGACCUGAAUCCUCGAAACUCAGAAAGCUCUUCCAAACAUAACGACAAGCCAUUCAAGCUGGUGUCGUACUCGAACAAAACGACUAGCACUCCUUCAAAAGCAUCGUCAUUGUCCUCUGCAUCUAAUAAUUUUCAAUCACCGCUAGUGAACGCAGAGCGUCGAAACAGCUCUUCAUCGACAACUAAUUCACCUUGCUUCAGAGUCGCCUCUGAAGCGUCUGGACAACAAACUCAACAGACUUUACCCACGAGAAACCCUCCUCAGAAGCAUCAUUCUGCACCGAAUGUCUCUACACCUCCUAGUAGCUAUCAGAGCAAAAAGAAUCAGCCACCUUGUUUGCAGCUACCCGAGCACAAUCAUGAAAAACCGCAGGCAAUUUUGGCACGACCAGACCUCUUUUAUCAGCACACUAUGGACAUAAAACUAUGGCCUGAAUUAAGUGAAUCUACUCUCUAUUACGCCAAAAGUACAUAUGAAAUGUUGGCCAAAAACAACCCACAUGAAUUCGAAAAACUCUUUGAAAUGACGUCAACCUACUGCACUUACACACAGAUUGCUUGCCGGCUUUCGUACCCAAUAAUCAAAGAAAAUCGCCGUCUUAAGAAAGUAAAAGCACUUUUGAAGAGGAUCAUUAAUUCGCUGUCGAAAAUCAGUAUUAACUCCAACAUUUACUUUUCAUUUUCCCAAAGGUGUUUGUCGACCUUGAACAGUACGCCAAGGGCCUCGGAAGUCUCGACAACGGCCAUUGAAAAUGACGAUGACACUGAUGUUCCUCAUGUUCCUAAUACGGUGGACAGCGAGACUUUAGUUGACGGUGCAAAGAACAGUCAAUUCUAUUUGAGCCCUCAACCUUUCCAAAGCGAACGGAAUCAUUCGUUCAAUUAUCCAUCUCAACGUAGCAAUUCGGCUACGACAGCAAGGACUUCAGUGCCCAGUAUCAAAGAUGGCACCGAAAACGACCUAGCCUCCGGCGCUCUGAUGAAAAACCUUUACGAAGAGUUGGAUAAGGAGUUUUCUCAACUUAUAAAGACUCUCCAGCUGUUGUAUCAUGUAUUGCAAACGUCACUGAUUUCGAACAGCUAUAUUCCGCAACUAUUCCCAAGAUUCUUCCGUGGAACUUUCAACGGUGGUUCAUGGAAUAAUCCCUUCAGCCAGUUUGACGGUCAUUUCAACGAUGUUAGCGAAAUGGGGGACGGCUUUACAACCAACGGUAGCUCAGUGUGCGGAUUGCCGCCGAAGAUUGCCGAGGCGAUUGCCAAGGCCUCAGGAUGUAACACAUUGAACUACGUUGAUUUCAACUCAGAGAUUGUUACAGCCAACCAUGACCAGCAAUCGAACGAGAAAAGUCUGCCUUGUUCUGGUUUCAACAGGCCUUCUCACCAUCGCACAUUUUCGAGAUCGAGAGUAUCGAGGAGGAAACAGUACUUACUGAAUGAAAACACAGUAAGUAUGAUGAAGAAGAGAUAUUUUUCGAUUUGUGAGAAAAUAGACAAUUGUGAGCUUGCCGACGAAGCUCUCCGGAACUCAACUUUUCCAAGUGCUCGAAAGCGACAGUUGGAGGUGACUUCUCAAACUUAUGAAGAGGUAAGCUCCUGCAUACUGCUCGAGGUUCUGGAAAACCUAGAUCUGACUAUAUUUGUCAAUCUGAGAACCCUGAUUGCCACUAAGAAGAAUCUCGACGCAGAAAGCGAAGAGUUCUUAAGGCAUGCUAUAUCAUCAAUUUCCAGUCUGCUGACAGAGUUUUUUGAUAUGAAGCAAGCAUUUCACGAUACAGUGAUCAAAUUAAUCAUGUGUGCCCAGCAAGUGACACUGAAUGAUCCUUACGUGUUUUGCUCCAUGAAGCCAAACACUGCGGUGGGCCAUUACGAGCCAGGCAUGACUCCAUCUCAAUCCCAGUUUAACAAAACUGAUAAAUUGAUUGGCGAAAUAUACAAAUCUCUCGUUACGCAAGACGUUGAAUUUAACAACAUGGAUUUUUUGAAGACUUCAGACGAGUUCACCCAAGCGUGUGCUAAAUACACCGAAAUUGCGUGUCUUUCAUGUACGAUUGUGGAGCAACUGUCUGAAGAAAAGGAAAACCUUCUAAAUUACGCUGCUAGAAUGAUGAAAAAUGAUUUAACAACGGAACUUCUCAAAGGGGAAAGGGGUAAAUGGUUUCAAGAAUACGAUGUAUUUGAUUCUGAUGAAGAUGAAUCUCAGAUGGGAACCCAGGCAACCGAUGAGGGAUUCCAAAGCGAUGAUAAUAGAACUGCUGUAAGUGCGGACAAGGAUACUCCUUGGUUUUUAACAUCCAAGUUUGAGAAAACCUUGAUUUACGAUCAACGAGGAAGAGUAAGGGGAGGAACUAAAGAGGCCCUAAUUGAGCACCUCACAAGUCAUGAAGUGAUAGAUGCUUGGUUUAACGUGACGAUGUUGUUAACGUUCAGGAGUAUGUUCACUACGAGGGAGUUCUUGUAUGCGUUGGUAUAUCGUUAUAACCUCUGCCCGCCCGAAGGUUUGAGUUACGAUGAAUAUAAUCUAUGGAUCGAAAAGAAACUGAAUCCUAUCAAAAAUCGAGUCGUCAGCAUAAUGAAAUCAUUCUUCUCGCAGUACUGGACUUCGGCCUACUUUGAAGCAGGAAUUUCAGCCACAUUGAACUUUGCUCAUAUUGCUGUGAAUGAAAAAGUGGCCGGUGCUCAAGAACUUUAUGAUGAGAUCAAAGAGAAUCUGGCAACAAAAGGAAAGAUGGGAAGCGCUUACAUGGAUUUCGGCUCUUUUGAAAGUCCAAGUGAUUCGGCGGACUCUGGCAGGAGCGGGUCUCCAGCUUUGAUUUCCAAAUCAUCCUCGGCAAGUUUCCUGAAAUUGAGAAAGUAUAAACUGCUGGAUAUCGAUCCAAGAACUUACGCCGCACAGCUAACCAUCAUGGAACACGCCUAUUACUUGCGGAUUCCUGUGUUUGAAUGUCUCGAUCGGGCGUGGAGUUCAAAGUAUUGCGACAUGGGCGGUUCACCCAAUAUCACCAAAUUUAUCGCCAGUGCCAACAGUCUGACCAACUACGUCUCCCAUGCCAUCGUUCAACAAACAGAAGUAAAAAUGCGUGCCUUAUUGAUCCAGUAUUUUAUCACAGUUGCACAGGGUUGUCGCGAGCUCAACAACUUUUCGUCGAUGACGGCUAUUGUCUCUGCCCUCUGCUCUUCUCCAAUUUUUAGAUUGAAGAAGACUUGGCCUCUGGUGAGCAAAAAGUCUACUGAUAUAUUGAAGGAACUGAAUGUUUUAAUGGACUCCGCUAAGAACUUCAUCCACUAUAGAGAAUUGCUGAGGUCUGUGAAAGACGUCGCAUGUGUUCCAUUUUUUGGUGUAUACUUAUCCGAUUUGACAUUUACGUUUGGAGGUAACCCAGAAUAUCUACACAACUCUACAGACAUCAUCAACUUCAGCAAACGGGGUAGGAUUGUAGACAUUGUCGAAGAAAUUAUGAGCUUCAAGAAGAUUCAUUACAAACUUAAGAGAUUCGAUGAUAUUCAGACAAUAAUCGAAGGUUCUCUAGAAAACGUCCCCCACAUCGAGAAGCAAUACGAGCUGUCUCUACUGAUUGAACCAAGAAGCGAUGGCGCGAGUCGCUCCACCGGAAAUGACCCUUUGAGAGGGUUCAAGUCGAGUGCUAUUCCAGAGGACAGAAGUGGCAGAUUUUUCAAAUCCAACAAGAAACAAUCAUCUAGGUUAUUUUCAAAACCUAAUGACUAA